AUCAACUCGCAAUUCCGCAUUCGUUCCAACUCCUGAGCACUUUCUCCUCGUCCCCGACAAGCCAAUCGAAGCCGAGAUACGGCCAUGGACUCCACCGGCACCGGAGCAGGGGGUAAGGGGAAGAAGGGAGCGGCCGGGCGCAAGGUCGGCGGGCCAAGGAAGAAGUCGGUGUCGAGGUCCGUGAAGGCCGGGCUCCAGUUCCCCGUCGGCCGCAUCGGGCGCUACUUGAAGAAGGGCCGCUACGCGCAGCGUGUCGGCACCGGCGCCCCCGUCUACCUCGCCGCUGUCCUCGAAUACCUCGCCGCUGAGGUUCUGGAGCUCGCCGGUAAUGCUGCCAGGGACAACAAGAAGACUCGCAUUAUUCCGCGCCACGUGCUUCUGGCGAUCCGGAACGACGAGGAGCUUGGGAAGCUGUUGGGCGGCGUGACUAUCGCUCACGGCGGUGUGCUCCCCAAUAUCAACCCUGUUCUGCUGCCCAAGAAGACGGCGGAGAAGGCGUCCAGUGUGGGGAGCAAGGAGGCAAAGUCGCCCAAGAAGGCCGCCAAGUCCCCCAAGAAGGCAUAGACUGACUGUCUGGAGUGAUCUGAUGUUUAGCAGGACCUUGAUACCAGUAUGCGGUGAUGCGUAGGCUGUAGAUGGGUCGAAUGUGCUUGUGUGUGUAUGUGCCCUGCUGCAAGUUGCCCUUUGCUAUUUAAAAUGGAAGAAGAAAUGCCUUGUUUC